AUGGCCUCCUCGGAGAUUGACGAUUUCCUGGCGGGGCCACUGGUCACCUGGUUUGCUAGCUGUUUGGAAGACCCCAAUGUAUUAGCAAAUUAUGAAGACUUAGUGGACGGUGUCUUAUUGCACAGUGUCUUCCUACAGAUCAAUCCAGAGCCAUUGCACGAUGAAGUAGUGCCGUCCAAUAAUAAUCCUAUUAUCCGUAUAAAAAAUUUAAAGACUGUAAUACAAAACAUGAAGCAGUUUUAUGAGGAAGAAUUGGAUCAUGUGAUUUUAAAAUUACCCGAUGUUGCAAAUUUGGGAAAGGAGCCAGAGUUAUACAUAGCAGAUAUGAAGUUAUUGCUAUUAUUACUUCUUGGAUGUGCUGUUCAAUGUCCAAAUAAGGAAAAGUUUAUUACUAAGAUAAAAACUUUACAUGUUGACAUACAGCUUGCGAUAGUAGAGUGCAUUAAACAGGUUACAGAUCACCAAGACAUAGUUAUUACGCAGGAUGCUAUGGAAAAUGCAAAUAUGGGUUGUCUAUUUGUUCAAAUAAAAAAAUGGAUUCAAGAAUUGGAUUUGUAUCGGGAGAAAUGGAGGGACACAGUGUUAGACGAUAGCGUUGAACGAAAUGAUUCAUCUAUUAGUGCAGAAUCUGAAGACAUAAGUAAGACGCAACAAUCCCAUCCUGUCACUAAAAUGGAAAGAGAGGAUAAUCAUCAUUAUGCAGUUGAAUUGGCUGAUUGGAAAUCUAAAGUUCGAAAACAGCGGCAAGAAUUAGAAGAAAAAACAGAAGCUCUUCUCGAAUGUAAGGAAGAAUUAGAGCAUAAUAAAACAUUACUUGUAAAACUAAGGCAAGAGAAUCAAGAAUUAAUGCACGAAGCUCGUACCGCUAAAUCAUACAGAGAUGAGUUGGAUGCUGUAAUUGAAAGAGCAGAUAGAGCAGACCGUUUAGAAAUAGAAGUGACACGAUAUAGAGAAAAACUUACGGACAUUGAAUUUUACAAAACUCGGAUAGAAGAAUUACGUGAAGAUAAUAGAGUUUUAAUGGAGACUAGAGAAAUGCUUGAAGAACAAUUAAGUUCGUCAAGAAACAGAGCAGAUAAAGUAUUGGAGCUUGAAUCAGAAAUUAUUAAGUUUAAGCAAUUACUUAACGAUAUGGCAUUGGAACGUGCUGCUGACAAAGAAAAAUAUCAAGAACUUGUUGAGGAAAAUACGCAACUGCAUCAAUUAACAAAAGCUGCUGCUAAUGAGGCUGCAUUAGCUGGAUCCAGUGACUCUGAAGAACCAGUGCACAAUGAUAAUAGACUGUCCGAACAAUUAACGAGCAAUGCUCAGGCACGAGCAUUAAAAUUGGAACUGGAAAAUCGCCGUUUAAAUACUUUAAUUGAUUCAUUGAAAGAAAGUUCAUUCCACGAAAAUUCCUCUCGCGUUUUGGAAUUAGAAAAGGAGAAAAAGAAGCUUUCGUUGAAAAUUGAAUCACUGAACGAUAAUAAAGAAAGACUCACACAACAAAACACUGAUUUAGAAUUAGUCUGCAAGCAAGCAUUGGAAGAAAAUAAGAAACUUCAGAACACUCUUAAAAAUCAACGAACUUCUUUCGAGAAGCAACAACAAGAAGUCCAAACCCACCACGUGAAAAUGUUGGAAUUGGAAAAAAAUUAUGAUACCGCAGUGAAAGAGAAACAACGUGUUCAGCUAUUAUUGGAAAGCGUGCAACGACGCGCUGAUGAUUUAGAACGCACUCUGGAAACGACAAAUCAAAAAGUUGAAGAAUUAAAGCUUAUUGAAAAUAAUAUUAACGAUAUUAAUUCCAAGUGCCUUGAUCUUGAAACAAGACUAAUAACGACAGAGAAAGAGAAGGAUGUUGCACAACGAGAUAUUUAUAAAUACAGAGAAACAAUUGAGGAAAAAGAUGUAGCUUUAGAUAAAGCAACAAAUACAAUUGAAGUUUUGGAGAGGAAAGUAGGACAACUUGAACAGGAAUUGCAGGAAUGUGUUACGCAAAUAUCAAGAUUGCAAGAAAUUGAACGAUCUAGUAAAGAGCUCGAUUCACGAGCUGCUAUUGAUAGAGAAACUUUAGAGAUACUUCAAUCUAAUCUCGUCGCAGAAAAGCUGAGCAAUCAACAAUUGUACACGGUUUUGGAAAAACUCGGUCUCAGCGAUAAUAUAUUGCUGUCCCAACCUCUGGAGACUAUAUUGGAAAGAAUUGCUCAAAUACCAGAAGUGAUAAAUCAUAUUAAAAAAUCUUUUGUAUCAGAAAGUAAUGAGGAAACAACGUCUGAAUCCACAACUUGUAUCGAUAAAGAAAGCGAUGUUAAUAAGACCUUAGAAACUGUGAUAGAACCUUUAAAGAGAGAACUGGAACAUUUACAAAUAAAGGCAGCUAUGUCUGAAACAGCAAUGGAGAAUUUAUUAUCUGAGAAUGCGAAACUUCAGGUUCACAUAACGACGUUACAAUCGCAAAGCAAUUCGUUAACUGCACAGCAUACCGCAUUGCAGUUGGCCAAUUCACAACUUCUUGCAGAGAAAGAAGAGCUAUUGAAAGAACGUAGUACACAACAGAACGUAUAUUCCGCACUACUUCAUGAUCAGAACACCUUACAAUCCUUGCAUGAACAACUUAAUAACGAGUAUGAAAAUUUACGUCGCGAACGAGAUGCUCUUAAAUCGAAUUUAAGAGACGUGAAGAAUGAAAACAGAACAUUGCGCGAGACUUGUGAGAGAUUAGAGACGAAAAGUGAAACACUACAAUCUGAACGGGAAGCCUUGAUUAACAACACGAAAAGUUUAAAUAAUUUACGUGGAGAACAUUCUAAAUUAAAGGAUGACUUCAGAAACUUAUACACUGCGAGUGAAAGGUUGAAAGCAGAGUAUAGAAAUUUGCAAGAUGAUUAUAGAAAGAAUAAACUCGAGAUGAACCGCCUGAGUUUAAAACAGACUGAAAUGCAGGGUGAACUUAGCGUCAAAGACGAACAGUGCUCAGAUCUGAAAUUAGAAGUCAAUAGCCUUCAUGAACGAUGUGAUAGACUAUUAGAGAUGAACUCUGGAUUGGAUAAUGACAGACGUUCCUUAAUGGAGCACAUAAGCUUAUUAUUUACACAAUACCACGAACUUUUAACACAUUCGCUUCAAGAUAAGGAACAUUAUCAUAUGGAAGAAAAACUGUUCGCGGAUAAAGUUAAUCACUUGUACAGACAAAAAGAAAAAUUGGAAGACAAAAUUAUGGAGCACUACAGAAAAUUGAACAGCUGCACUACCAAGAAAAAGGGUUUUGGAGCCAGUUUAGUUCGCAGAGUUAGAAAAGCCGGAUCGGAACUUCUCAAUAAGAAUCGACGUUCAUGGGCCGAAGAUUCCAAGCAAUCGGACAGUAAAACGUACGAGUCGGACACUUGCGGGAACGAUUCAGAUGCUAGUAUUGACGACUAUCGUUUACCUGGACCGAGCAGGGUUUUUGGAUCAGACGCACUUGGACACGCUGGAACCAGAAGAACGGUGUAUUAUACUGACGAUUCUCCACCAUCAUCUGCUUCUUUACCUGCGGACAGGCUACUAAGCGAGUCCUUCCAGGAACAAGGAGAUAACUCUGCGCAGGUGGAGACGAAUUUAAAAUCGGAAACGCAAGCUGAGUCACGUCCCUUUUUGAUUUAUAAUAAAGUAUCGGCAGUCAUAAACGAGUCCAAGAACAUUGGCAGUCCAAUGAAGGAUGCAGCGCAAGAUGAAGCACUUACAGAACCUGCUGAUAAAGAGCCAAAGACUGGCAGUCCGAUAUGGUAUGAGUAUGGUUGUGUAUAAACUUCCACAUUGAUGCUUCCAUUAGUAUGCCCGAAACAAGAGGAGGAAAAGAGAGAGAAAGAGA